UUCUGUAGCAAUGUCUGAGGUCGCUCCUGUCGCCGCGCCUGAUGUUGCCGCCGCCGCUCCGGCCCCGGCAAAGACUACAGCCGCCAAGAAACCGAAGAAGGCGGCGGGCGCUUCCAAAGCCCGGAAGCCCGCGGGCCCCAGCGUCACCGAGCUGAUCACCAAGGCCGUGUCCGCUUCCAAGGAGCGCAAGGGGCUCUCCCUCGCCGCGCUCAAGAAGGCGCUGGCCGCCGGUGGCUACGAUGUGGAGAAAAGCAACAGCCGCAUUAAGUUGGGGCUCAAGAGCCUCGUCAGCAAAGGCACCCUGGUGCAGACCAAGGGCACUGGUGCCUCCGGCUCUUUCCGUCUAAGCAAGAAACCGGGAGAGGUGAAAGAAAAAGCCCCCAAGAAGCGUACGGCCGCAGCCAAACCCAGGAAGCCUGCGGCCAAGAAGCCCGCCAGCGCUGCCAAGAAACCGAAGAAGGCGGUGGCAGCGAAGAGCCCCAAGAAAGUGAAGAAGCCGGCGGCUGCGGCGGCCAAGAAGGCAGCUAAGAGCCCCAAGAAGGUGACUAAAGCUGCCAAGCCCAAGAAAGCGGUGGCAGCCGUGAAAAGCCCGGCCAAGGCGAAGGCAGUGAAGCCCAAAGCAGCCAAGCCCAGGGCGGCCAAGCCGAAAGCAGCCAAGGCGAAGAGGGCGGCGCCCAAGAAAAAGUAAAUGGUCCUGAAAAAAAUCCCACAUGCCUUGCAGAUAAACCCAACGGCUCUUUUAAGAGCCACCCAAGCUUUCCCAAAAAGAGCUGAAGCACUCUUAUUUUUUAUGUUACUCUUGUUCAUGUGUGUAGAUUAUCUUUAAUUUCCUCUUUUUUUGGCACUGCUUUUGCUUAUUAAAAGUCGGUCUAAAACAGCACGAACUUGUAGAGGUGCCGGCAGCGCCGCUGCGAGCACAAAGUCCCCGUGAAGGUUGGACUGCGCUUUACGCCCUCCCGGCAUCUGGGGCGGGGGGGGAUUUCUACGACUUCCCGUAGUGUCUCUCCGAUCAGCCGGAGAACGAAGAGGCGCGCUCGGAAACGCUCGCGCCCGCCCGCCCCCCCCCAACCCGGAGCUCUGCCGGGUUCGAAAAGCCCGCGCUGCGCAGAGAUUGGCCGCGAUCCUCCGGGGUUUCUGCCGCGCAGCAGUUCUCGGGUUAAACAGACGCUCCGCUUCUGUUUGUUUUUCACUGGGCGGAAGAGGCUUAUGAACUUCCUGGAAAUCGAACGGCGAGCGGGGCUCGAGAGGCACGGCUCUUUCUAGCCGCCUUCUGAGCAGUCCUUGGUCUGAGCAGCCGGUCCUCGACUUUGGUGCUGAGCCACAGCGCCUUGGAGCUGCCAGGUUCAGUCUUUAUCCGGGUCUGGGGCCUCGUCGGAGGCGCUCGGAGGCAGCGCUGAGCGCGAUAGGAACCCGCUGCAGUCGGAGCCUGCCGUAGGUCUCUCCCAACCCUGCAGCUACUUCCAUUUCCCAGAGUCGACUGAACUCUCCUUCCGUGGCCCUGACUGAGAAGCAGAAGGGGAGAAAUGUGGGAGGAGAAGCUAUUUCCUGUCUUUAGUCAUUAUGCCGGUACCAUUACUUCCCCAGAAAGCGGGAGAACAGGGCAUUUCGUGGAAUUACCUGCUCAAAUUUCAAUAAAGUUGAUUGUUCUCAA